GGCGUAGGAAAGUGGUUUUUAUUACAAAUAUUCCUCACAACGCAAAACCGAGGAAGGCGUCACCGGUUGGAGGGCGAGCUGAAGGAGACUUACUGCAACCAAAUCCUGACCUAUCACGUCGUAGCUCAGGACCCCAGGCAUCCACAAGGAUGCCUGAGUAAAAUCAAACUUGCGUCAUUCUCGCGGGCAACCUACUUGUUUUGGGGCCUAGUUGCCACAAAGUAUGAAAGCAAAUUUUGGAAUGGUUCCUAUUUUCGUACACGUCUAAGUAGCAAAAAAGAAUCGUAGUGCGAGUUGUUUUGUGUAAUUUAAAUACUUUUGCGAUGCAAAAUCUGAAAGGAAGUUUAACGGCAUGUUUCUUUGUUUCCUUUUGUAUGUAGCUUGUCAGUGCUAAAGGAAGUUAGCUAGCUCGAGCGACCGAUUUUUAGCUUUUAAUUGUUUCUGCUCACAAAAAGGACCAGACCUUUGUGUUUUUUGAGGUGGAUAUUCGGGAUACAACAACAGUGGCCAUGGCUAUGAUUAUGACUGUGGAUCAGUUGGAGACAAAAACAUUGUUACUUCAGGAGUCCUUGAAGACAGAAGAAAACCUGUUGGAUUAUGAAUGUGAGGAGUCCUUGAAGACAGAAGAAAACCUGUUGGAUUAUGAAUGUGAGGAUGAAAAACAUACGUUUGAGUCUCCAAAUGACUCAGUUUGCUGUGUAAAUGAAACUGCCAGAAAGAGGAAACUAUGCCAAAAUGGCUUGGACUGUCCCAGACCAUUUAAAAAGCCAGUGGUAGUGUUGACUAGACUUCCUGAAUAUAAGGUCAGAUCUCUGCGACCACCAACGCCUCAGCAGUUCUACAGUGAAGAUGAGUCUCUCAGCAGCUCUGAUUCUGAUAUGCAGUGGGAGCCAGAAGUUGAUUCCAGUGAUUCAGAUUUUUCACCCUCUAACAGUACACAGAAACCUGCAAGAAUGAACAAAUGCAGUGAGAGCGACAGAACACCACCACCUGCUUCACCUCCAAGCACCAGCACCAAUGAUGUGGCUCCUGUUAUAAUAUCAUCAGUGUUUGGCCAAUCCUCCAAGGAAAUAAUAACUGCCCGACCUGAGGCACCGAAGGAUGAACUCAAAUUGAACAUGGUAGUUCUGGCUAGGAGAAGACCUAUGAGGUGGCAACGGGGGAAAAUAGUCGAGAUAGUUACAAGGGAAGACGGACGGUUAAAAUACAAAGUCAGUUUUGAAGAAAAAGGGAAGAGUCUAGUAUCUGGACACCACGUUGCUUUUGACAGCACAGCAAAGGUGGAGCAGCUGUAUGUUGGUGCCCGUGUGGUGAUUCAGUGUCAAGAUAACAAGUACCGGUUCCAGCCUGGUGUCGUAGGCGAGCUGCCCAGCAGAAAGAACCGCUUAAGGUUCUUGAUCUUUUUGGAUGAUCACACGCCGGUCUAUGUUGGGUUACCUUUAAUUCAUUUGGUUUGGAAACCUUUGGAAAACGUUGCAGAUGACAUUCCAGAGGGCCCUCACAAAGACUUCAUAGAACAUUACCUGAAUAAGUGGCCGUACCCUCAGUUAACCCAGUACAGGCUUGGACAGACCCUUAAUGCUGAAUUGAACGGAGUCCUGCAAAAGUGUGAAGUGCAGAUUAUUGACUGCAGCUUAAUGCAGGUUAUCUUUCAGAAUGAACAUAAGGAGUGGAUAUACCGAGGUUCGUCACGACUGGAGCACAUGGCAAAGUUUUUGGAGAUGAAACACAGAGAACAGCUUGAGUGCGACUCUGACUGAACGUCCCCUGAUGCAGUAGCUGCAAAAAUUGAAACUAUUUUACAAUCGGACGAGAUGCCAUUUUUUUUUUUUUUUUUUUUUUUUUUUUUUUUUUGGUUGUUGUUUUUUUUGUGGAGAACCAGCAGCCAGUAACAAAUGAAUGCAAUGGUACAAGCAUACUCAUACUCAUUUUAAGCUGUUCCAGCUUGAAACAGGUUUUAUUUCUCCUUUUUUUUGUAUUUACUUUUAAUGUACAGACUUGAAGAAAAAUAUAUAUAUAUGUAGUUGGUGGAUUAAUGCAUUUCCAAAUGUUUGUCCAACAUAAACAAAUUACCCAAUAAUCGUUAUAGUCACUCAUUUUGUCCUUUUUUUUUAAAUUUUUUUAAACACUUUGCAGUCUACACUGAUUUAUGAUUAAAAUGUGUCCUGUGCUGAGACGGGAUAAACAUUGUGUAACUUGGUUUCAGGUAUCCCCCCUGUAUUAUUUUAUCCUGUAGAUGUCUAAAGUAAAAAAACAGAUUUUCAUAGUGAGAAUUUUGAAGGAAUGGAGAUUGUGCUUUGAAGCAUUAGUUAAAAUGUGUUAGUUUUAAUGCUUGCUCACGUUUUCAGUGACUGUUUUCACACAGGAGGAUUUUCUGAUGAAGUUCUGACAUCAUGCCCUUUUUAUUGCUACUUUUCAACUCCAUAACUCAGGAACUGAAUUGGAUACUCAUGGGUGAAGCAGUUCAUGUCUGCCCACCAUAAUAGUGUAAUUUUUCUGUUCUGCCACAUUGAAAGGGCGUAUGCAGAUUUUUGUGAAUAGUAUUGAGUGUUUAGCCACCAAAAUAAACCAGUUGCCUAAU